CCAGAGAAGCAGAUUUUUCUCCUCUCAGAGCUUCUUCCAGCUGCUUUGUUCCGAUCAUGGCUUUCAACGAGUGCUCCUGUUCCAACCAGGCUCUUCCAUAUAAGAACCUCAUCAGUUGUGGAUUGCAGCCAGGCAGAACCAUCACCAUUAAAGGAGUCUUCCACCCCAAAGGCAAUCGGUUCUACGUGAACCUCCGACACCUGCAUGGAAUCGCUCUGCAUUAUAAUCCACGUUUGUGUGAGAACACGGUGGUCCGAAACUCCUUGCUGGAUGGACAGUGGGGCACCGAGGAACGAGGAGGAGCCAUGCCCUUCCAGAAAGGACAGCCUUUCACGCUGACCAUCAUCUGUAAGGAAUGCUCUUUCCGUAUUCUGGUAAACGAGAUGUUUGCCCACUGCUUCACCCAUCGCUUCUUUCCUCUGCAUAACAUCAACAUCCUGGAGAUUGAUGGAGACAUCCAGCUGACCUCAGUCAGCUUUUAAAACCCCUCUGCCCCUAGCAAAGAAAAAAAUUUAAAAAUGAAAAAAUAACAGCGCUUAUUUCAGCUUUUGUCACUGAAAUGUUUAAUUUCUGGAGCAUGUUUUAAUCCUAGUGUUUUUUGCUGCCAUCUAGUGGCCAAGUUAUAGAGAACAACCAAAUAGAUACAACCUGGAUAUAUUUCAGUUAUAUAAACCUCUUUAUCAUCCAUCCAGAUUUUUUUUGUUACCAACUAUACUAUCUGAAUUCAACUUGGUUUUAGUUUCUCAUCUUGGCUAAGUUUGCUUUAGCUGGUUCAUGUGAAUUUACUCACUUUGUUCUUGUUCUAUGACAUUUUAUCAGCCUCUCACUGAUAGAUAGAUAUGUUACUGUUUCAAACUGUAACUUUGAUCUACCUUCACCCCCUCCAUCCCCCCAUGUAUCUGUGCUUAUUGUUACUGUCUACAUCAAUAAAUCAUG